GACGGAGGAACCCGGUGUGUGCCCGUCCGCGCUCCUCGCGCCGGUAUUGGGGUGUCUUUCCCCCCUUCCCGCGCCGCGCAGCCCGCGCUCCGGAGGGGACCGCCGCGUCGGGAGGAGCUGUUACUUUCUGCAGCCGGCAUGAGGCUUCCCGGGGGAACAAGGAGACGCCGCGCUAAGCAACCGGGGAAGAACCUGCCUCUCAUCUGUUGCAGCGGAACCCGGCGGCAGGCGCGGUCCCCCCGGCCGGCGGUGAUGGGCACCCGCUGACUCGUGGCGUGCGUCCGAGAGUGCCUGCAUGUCUGGCAAAUAUGGAGAAAAUAAAGUAAAAAAUGUGGAUAGUGCCUGAGAUGGUCGGCAGCCAGUGAAACAAAACAAACACGUUCUGAAGGGAUUUAAUUUGCAAACGGGAUUGAAAAGGGUACAACUUCCAUGGGAAAAUGUGACCUGUUAGAACUGCUGUCGGAAGAUGCCGGCUGUCAACGCAAGCACCUAAACCAAAGACAAAGUAUUAGAAUGGCAUAAAAUAUGGCCCAGUUCUACUACAAAAGAAGCGUCAAUGCUCCCUACAGAGAUCGAAUCCCUCUUCGCAUUGUACGGGCAGAAUCCGAACUGUCUCAUUCAGAGAAAGCCUACCUGAAUGCCGUGGAGAAAGGAGAUUAUGCCAGUGUAAAGAAAGCUUUGGAGGAGGCAGAAAUUUAUUUCAAGAUCAAUAUUAACUGCAUUGACCCCUUGGGACGAACUGCACUCCUUAUUGCAAUUGAAAAUGAGAACCUUGAGCUCAUUGAGCUGCUCUUAAGUUUUAACGUGUAUGUGGGAGAUGCUCUGUUGCAUGCCAUACGGAAGGAGGUGGUUGGAGCUGUGGAGCUGCUGUUAAAUCACAAGAAGCCCAGUGGAGAGAAGCAGGUGCCACCAGUGCUUCUGGACAAGCAAUUUUCAGAAUUUACGCCGGAUAUCACACCUAUUAUUUUGGCUGCCCACACCAACAAUUAUGAAAUCAUAAAGCUCCUGGUUCAGAAAGGGGUGUCUGUGCCGAGGCCACACGAGGUGCGCUGUAACUGUGUCGAAUGUGUCUCAAGCUCAGAUGUGGACAGCCUCCGCCACUCUCGCUCCAGGCUCAAUAUCUACAAGGCUCUGGCAAGCCCGUCAUUGAUUGCUUUGUCCAGUGAGGAUCCUUUCCUUACUGCUUUUCAGCUGAGCUGGGAGCUGCAGGAACUGAGUAAAGUCGAAAAUGAGUUUAAGUCAGAGUAUGAGGAACUGUCACGGCAAUGCAAGCAAUUUGCAAAAGAUCUCCUGGAUCAGACACGGAGUUCCAGGGAAUUGGAAAUUAUUCUUAAUUACAGAGAUGAUAAUAGCUUGAUUGAAGAACAAAGUGGUAAUGAUCUUGCAAGAUUGAAACUGGCAAUUAAGUACCGUCAAAAAGAGUUUGUUGCUCAGCCCAACUGCCAGCAGCUGCUCGCAUCCCGCUGGUAUGACGAGUUCCCUGGAUGGCGGAGGCGACACUGGGCAGUGAAGAUGUUGACAUGUGUUGUGAUAGGACUCCUUUUCCCAGUCUUCUCUGUGUGCUACCUGAUAGCUCCCAAAAGCCCAUUGGGGCUGUUCAUCAGAAAGCCAUUUAUCAAAUUUAUCUGCCAUACAGCAUCGUACUUGACUUUUCUGUUCCUGCUGCUGCUUGCCUCUCAGCACAUCGACAGGUCAGACCUCAGCAUGCAGGGACCCCCUCCAACCAUCGUCGAGUGGAUGAUUUUACCGUGGGUCCUGGGUUUUAUCUGGGGAGAAAUUAAACAGAUGUGGGAUGGUGGACUGCAGGACUACAUUCACGAUUGGUGGAACCUCAUGGAUUUUGUAAUGAAUUCCUUGUACUUGGCAACAAUCUCCUUGAAAAUAGUUGCAUUUUCAAAGUACAGUGGGUUAGUUCCACGGGAGAGCUGGGACAUGUGGCAUCCAACCCUGGUGGCUGAGGCCCUGUUUGCAAUUGCAAACAUCUUCAGCUCCCUGCGCUUGAUCUCAUUAUUCACUGCAAAUUCUCACCUGGGACCUCUGCAGAUAUCUCUAGGAAGAAUGUUGCUGGACAUUUUGAAGUUUCUCUUCAUAUACUGCCUUGUGCUGCUUGCUUUUGCAAAUGGAUUGAACCAGCUGUACUUCUACUAUGAGACAAAUGAACCCGGCAACUGCAAAGGAAUACGAUGUGAAAAGCAGAAUAAUGCAUUUUCAACGUUAUUUGAAACGCUGCAGUCAUUAUUCUGGUCUAUAUUUGGGCUCAUCAAUCUCUAUGUGACCAACGUGAAAGCAAGGCAUGAAUUCACUGAAUUUGUUGGGGCCACCAUGUUUGGUACCUAUAAUGUAAUAUCUCUGGUUGUUCUACUCAACAUGCUAAUAGCCAUGAUGAAUAACUCUUACCAACUCAUUGCUGAUCAUGCAGACAUUGAGUGGAAGUUUGCUCGAACAAAACUCUGGAUGAGUUAUUUUGAAGAAGGAGGAACUCUGCCCACUCCUUUUAAUGUCAUACCAAGCCCAAAAUCUUUGUGGUAUCUGAUCAAAUGGUUAUGGAGACACCUUUGCAAGAAAAAAAUUAGAAGAAAGCCUGAAAGUUUUGGAACAAUAGGGAGGCGUGCAGCUGACAAUUUGCGGAGACAUCAUCAGUACCAGGAAGUUAUGAGAAAUCUGGUUAAAAGGUAUGUUGCAGCAAUGAUAAGAGAUGCCAAAACUGAGGAAGGAUUGACAGAAGAAAAUUUUAAGGAGUUAAAACAAGAUAUUUCCAGCUUUCGCUUUGAAGUCCUGGGUUUGUUAAAAGGAAGCAAGCUGUCUAAUUUGCAGACUGGAAAGAUGAGCAAAGACUCUGCCUCUCUGUCAGAAAAUGAAGAAAAUAGUGAGAGUGAAGGAAACAAGAAAGGAAAGAAGAAGCCCUUCAGCCUUUUUGACAUAACAACGAUGAUUCACCCACGAUCAGCCAAUAUCGCCUCUGAAGGACAUCAUGUAAGCAAUGGCUCAGCAAUGAUGGUGUCAGAGUCCACUCAGGAGAAACAAAAGCGUGUGAAUUUUGUAACAGACAUAAAAAAUUUGGGGUUGUUUCACAGACGAUCAAAAACAAACUCUGUGGGGCAGAGUAAAAAUAAAAUAUACACCGUUUCUGAAGAAGUUUCCCGCCAACAGGCAGAAGAACAAUGUGAGAAAACUGAUGAACUGGAAGAGGGAGAAUUGAUCAUGAACUGUGAAUUAAACUUCCGAAAUCCUGACAAAAAAUAUGUGUUAGCUGAAUCACAAAAUACCAGUGAGUCUUUAGAUUCACAGGAAGAGGGAAGUAUUUGUCCUUCAGAAACAGAGAAAAUGGAAUUACAGAGCUCAGAACCUGCCACUCCACAGGAUCAUCUGGGCAAGGCUUUGGACAUUAGCAUUGACUCUGAUGGGAAACAGGAAACAAUUGUUCAGGGCGACUAUGUGAUAACAAGGUUGUGAUGCUUACAGGAGGAAGCAUUUACAAAUAUAUAUAUUUUGCAUAGUGCUUUGGGGGGGAAUGUUUUAAGAAUUAUAUUAGCUAAUGCAGAAUUACACUUUAUAGUACUCAACUGUGGCACAUGAUCUUGUAACAUAGUAGUCAAGAGAAAGAAAAUAUGAGGACCUUCUGUUUUGU